AUGGCUCUGACCUGCUUCAUCUCAUGCUCAGUAUCUAUUUUUACAAUACUUGGUGUCGCCAUCAACAGGUGGGUUUGCAUAGCCAGACCUAGUCUGUACAACAGACUCUUCACACGAACGCGCACGAUAGCCUGCUUGGCUGCAACUUGGCUUCUGGCGGCUGGUUUGGAUUUGCCUAACCUUGUGGGUUGGGGUAACCAUAUCUAUGACCGCAAGACUUUACUCUGCCUCUGGAACAGACUUGAGGAUCUUCGCAUAAACAUCCUUCUUUUUAUUGUCAUUAUAGUCACUCCAACAACAGCUACAGCCGUGUUCUAUGCUCUUAUUCUGAAGCAUGUGAAUGAGAGCUCCCGUCGGCUGAAGAGUCACACUCAGUCAUCAACUGGUAUGAAUUGUGGACAGAGAAUCUACAGACGCUUAAGGCUUAAGCUGUUCCGAUCGGAAGCUCUGGAGGAGUCGGCCUCAAUGACUAAAUAUUGGGCAAACGAGGAGGGUCGCUCCGAACAGGCUUCAUUAACACAUUUCGAAAUGAAUACAAAUCAGGAAAAUAUGCAAGAAGGUAUUCCACAAAAAGAAGAAAGUAAUUCUGGCGCUAAUGUUCUUCUGUUGCAAAGGCAGAGCAACCAGCGUCGUAAUCAAAUCCGCCUUGCCCUCACAAUGUUCAUCAUUUAUGCCACAUUUGUCACUUGCUGGAGCGUUUACUCAAUUUGUACCGUCUUUGAUCUUUUUGAUACAUUUCCAAUGGAGCUGCAUGCAUUCGGUCUUACACUUGGUCAUUUCAAUAGUUGCUUAAACCCAUGGCUAUAUGGUCUGCUGAACAAGGGGUUCAGGAAGGCAUACCAAAAGAUAUUAAGCAAUCUGUUGCGCAGAGAUAAGGGUUCUAACACCAACAGCAGCUCUCGACUUAUGAAUGCGCCAAAAAGCUCAUUGGCUUCAGGUUAA